AUGAGGGAGACCCUCCAGGACGCUUUGGACCAGAUCACUUCGACACGUUCGUCAACGGAUACAAGAACUCGCGCACUUCAGACCGUAGAACGCUGUUUGGCCAAAGCGCUCGCCGACGAGGAGGAUCGAGAGGGGUUGGAUAGCUUCCUGGCUCUCCAAUACACCUUUGAGUGCAACGUCCCUUUAAGACUUCUCUCAUGGUUAUGCAUCGCUACCACCCAACUCGACUCGCUCAUCAAAGGCCCUAUCGAUGAAUCACACGAGCACGAAGUCACCACCCUCGUUUCCCAAAUAGUGCUGUCACUCUGUCUCCUCCAAGGCAUCUCCCUGAGCCACCCGAGCUGCAAGGUGUACCUGGGUCGCCGGUACCCGCAGGAGGUCCUCUUGGAUUUGCUCUUAGCAUCACGACACCUACCUUCUUCAUCUUCCCGCGAUUCCGAAAAUAUGUGUCGUAGACAAGGCAUACUGGAACAACCCCUAACGUCGCUGGUCCUCGACACCCUCCUCUGCAUUCUCGUAGACUCCUCAUCGGCACUGCGCGUGUUUGAAGACGUUGGCGGACCCCAGGCAGUGGUAAGGAUACUUAAACGCGCGGGAACACCAAGAGAAGUUCGGAUGAAAUGCUUGGAGUUCCUGUAUUUUUACCUCCUUGAUGAGACCGCGUCGGGGCCGGAAACCAAUGGGGUAGACGAAGACUCACCUUUAAGCUCGCCACCGACAGUGCCCAACUCCCCAGUCAAUCGCCCCUCGAAACCGUCCGUCAGCAGCGGCACCCCGCCAGCACACCCAGCCUCCAGAUACGGUUCUUCAACAUACGCGUUUUCUGAUUCUUCUGAUUCUGGAAGGUCUUCGCGUUCGGCUUCGGGGAGUUCCACGCUUUCGUUUUCGUCCACAUCGUCCAAUGCCUCGUCUUCUACUGCACCCUCGUCAGUUUCUUCUUCACCUGAAAAACACACCUCGUUCAGCAAAUCGCCGUUGCGGGCUCGGUCGCCUGAGAAGCCCUCGUAUCGACCAAAAACCGGGCACCCCCGAACACCUCCACACUCGCCACCACUAGAUCCCGCCCGUUCGCAAUUCCGCUUCCCUGCGAAACCACCCCAGCCAAAAGCGAUGGCGAUGCUCAAGAAAGAGAUCGACUACGUACCUAUGAGUCCGAAGAAAGCCCAAGUUGCCGCCAUCCUGGGUCGAUCGCCAGGACACACGCCCAAGAGCAAGAGCAUGAGCGUGGUUGAUUCCGGGAUCACGCCCAAAGAACGCGUCCAGACCAAAUCUCGACUCCAAUCAGCUGGGACUGUGCCCAACUUGUCCAACUAUAGCUAUUUGUCUUCCUCGGAGGAUGAUUCGGUUUUAACGCCUAAAGCCGUUCCAAGGAUUCCAAAGUUUUUGGUCACGGGGAAUAAGAGGACGACGGAGGAGAAGAAGCAGUUGUUGGGGACGAUGCUUGGGAAUGUCGAUGCGCUUGUUGAAGGUGUGAGGAAGGCCGGUAUUUGGGGACUGGCGUAAGGUUUUUCAGUGUUUUUUCUCCCUCUUUCUUGCCAUUUUGAUUUUUCUUUUUUUAUUUGUGAUUUUUUCCUCGG